AUGGACCUGUUUCAGAUCUGUGAGUCUUUUGAAUUCAAGCUUGUCGAAGAAGCUGUAGAAGCUGGGGAAAAGAAGGACUUGUUCUAUGUGGAUAGAGUGUGGAUUAAAAUUGAAACUGAAGUUUUCCGCACCAUACCAAGAUUCACAGCUUGGUCAGAUAAAGAUUUGAGAGCAAGAAAAAGGAAGGAAACUUCUGAAAAUCUAUUUGGAAAAGGAAGAAUCAGGUCUGUAGAUGAAAGCACUGAACAGACACAAGAAGUUGCUAGAAAUGUUGAUGAAGAAAGAAAGAGAGAACAAAUGAUUGUUGAAUUAGAGAACUUGGCUUUUAUCUUGGUUGAAAGUCGAAAGCAAUUUGAUGCAGCAAACAUACAAUUCAACAAAUGUUUGAAAAGUUGUAUUGAUUACAACACUGUAAAUAAUAAUGAAGAGGCAGCCAGAAAAGAUACUGAGGAAACUUCUCAACAUAAUUUUGAACCAUUGGGCAAUCCAGUUGAAGAGACAAUUGGAACAACAAAUAAACAAUUUGACACUAGCAUUCAACAAGGUGCAGAAGUAGAAACCUCAAAGAUUAAUGAUCCGGUUUCUGAAGAAAGAGAAGUUGAAGCAGAAAAACAAGUUGAGGAAGAAAGACAAGUAGAAAAGGAAAGAACAAUUGAGGAAGCUGAGGAAGAAAGAGAAGUUGAAGCAGAAAAAGAAGCUGAUGGAGCGCAAAAAGAAAUUGAGGAAGAAAGACCUGUUGAAAAGACUGUUUCUCCAGUUCAGUCAUCAAAAGAAAUUGAGCAAGAAAAACCAGUUGAGAACAUUGUUUCUCCGGUGCAGUCAUCAAUGGGAAGUGAGGUCCUCAGAAUGGUUGACGAUGCUGAAAAAGAUUACCAAAAAAAAAUCAUGGCCCAAGAAAUGGCAAGCAACGUAAAUGUUGUUGGAAUAGCAACUGAGGCUGUAUCUGGGCUUCAGGAUGAACGCACCAGUGAUACUGAGAUACCUGUUGCUGAACACAAAGCAAGUGAACAAGAACAAGCAGCACAAGAAGCUCUUGACGUCAGUUCACGUAAAGCAGCAUAG